AUGCGAAUAGCUUACCCUUUCUUUAAUGGGGAUCACAACUGUGACACUCACCCUGUGCAACUCUUACUGCCAGGAAAUGAGUUCACACUUGAGCUCAUUGCAAAAGCAAAAGGAAAUUCAAAACUGUGUUGUUCAAGGGUCAACUAUAGUCUUCCAAGGCAGUUCCAUGUGAUAGGACCAAAAACAUCAGUCACUGUCUUGGUAGGAGAAGAGGCUGUGUUCUCCUGUCAUCUCAGUCCACCAGUAGAUGCUCAGAAAAUGGAAGUGAAAUGGUAUCGUGAUCACCCUUCAAAUAUAUUAUAUCAUUAUAAGAAUUUCCAGCAUCAUAUGGAGCAGCAGAGUCCAGAGUACCAAAGGAGGACAGAGUUGCUGGGAGAGAAUAUGAACAAAGGACAAGUGUCUGUGAGGAUUCUACACAUUCGUCCUUCAGAUGAAGGGGUAUACAAGUGUUUAUUUAUAAAUUCCACAUACUACAAUGAAGCACAAUUCCAAGUAUGGGUCAUAGGCCCUGGUACAGUACCUCAUAUUUACAUUGAACAUGGUAAAGCCAAAGAAAUUAAGCUGACCUGCACAUCAAUAGGUUGGUACCCACAACCUGAGGUGCAAUGGAGUGACCAGCAAGGACAGAAUUUGGCAACAGCCUUGGAGACAAAAAUAACAGAAGAUGAUGGCUUAUAUCAUGUGGAAACAUCUAUUAUGGUGGAUAAAGAUUCAAAAGGAAGUGUGUCCUGUUUCAUAAGGAAUUCAUUCUUCAAUGUGGAGAAGGAAGCUCACAUUUCUUUGUCAGGUCAGUUUCCUCCAAAGUCAUCAUCCUGA